CAGUAUCACUUUAUUCAGACUACCGUACUUGUCAGCUGGGAGUAGGCUAUCCACGUCCUGCUGCUGUAACUUAAAUCCGUGGUGUGAGAAUUCACUAUACAACUUCACGAGACGCACUGAGGACAGCACGCGCCCAAAGCACAACAAUGGCUGACGAUAUGCCAUCACUGCUCAACCUGGAGGAAGAGCUCACAUGCAGUAUCUGCUUGUGUACUUUUGAAAACCCCGUCACUCUCCCCUGUGGUCAUAACUUCUGUCAAGGCUGUUUGGAUGAGACCUGGAAAGAAAGUUUCCUCCUCUUCUGCCCUCAGUGCAGGCACCACUACCCCAGCAAACCUGAGCUGAAGAAAAACACAGUCUUAAGCACUGUUUGUAAUACCUUCAAAAUGAAGUCCUCGUCUUCGGGGUCCAUGGAGGCUCUAGUCACGACGAAGGAAUCGAAAGUUACCAAAUGUGACACGUGCAUGGAGGUGAAGGCAUUUAAAACCUGCCUUACAUGCAUGGCCUCGUUCUGUAUUGAACAUGUGAAACCGCACGAGGAAAAUCCUAUUUUCCGCGCGCAUCAACUGACCGACCCGUUAGGAGACCUGCAGGAACGGAUUUGCCAGGACCAUUGCAAGAUCAUGGAGUUCUACUGCAAGAAACACGAGUGCAGCAUCUGUAGCAACUGUUUGCAGCAGGUGCAUCGAGGUUGCGACUACACCACCCCACAGGACAGACGGACACAGAAAGAGUCUGAGAUGAAGGGUAUGUUGAGUCAACUGGAUCGAAAGAUCGAGAAGAACAACAUUGUGAUGGCCCAGAUGAGGCAGCAGCUGUUGCAGCUAGAGGAUGAUGCGGUGGCCCGUAAGAAGGAGGUGACCUCAGAGUAUCAGUUCAUAAGGAAGCUGAUCGACAUGGACGAGCAGAAUGCCCUGAAAGCCGUGGAUAAGGACUUGGAGAGUGGUCAGACCAAGCUCCAGUCGCUAUCAAAGAAGUUUGGUCAGAAUGUGGAGAAGAUGAACCACACCAAAGCAGAGCUCAACAGCCUUCUGUCAAGAGCGGAUUCUUUGUCCUUCCUGCAGGCUGCAGUACAACUGCCUCCCAAUGCCAAAUUUGACCCUUACUGCCCCCGUAUAAACUUGGACUCCAAAGCUGUGAUAGCCUACCACUCCUCUGCUGUUGCUGUGAAGGAGCUACUGAACAGAGUUCUGAAUGCCCCAUUAGAGAGCCGAAUCUCACUUCUUAAACCAGAUUUUGAGAAACAGGUUCUUUACGGUGAAGGCGCCUCAGGCAGCGGGCCGUUCCCAAAUAUGGCCCCUCUUAUGGGCUUUCUACCACCAGAUGGGCCACGAAUGCCCCGUGACAUGAAUGCCCCUCCCAGGCACAUCAGAUCACCCAGUCCAGGUGCUCCCCUCAGACCAGGGGGGCAGAAGUUGAAACCGGCGCAUUCAAACAAGAAGCCAGAAUAUGUGAAGGGGCCAAAGGACCAAAAGGGAGAAAACCGCCAACGUGACAAAGAUCAUGUAAAGAAGCCUCCCAAAGCUGCGGCUGGGUUCCCCAAGAACCCAAACGAACCUUCAGGUCCACCGGCUAAUGAAGCAGGAACACAGGAUGUGACACUUCCUCGUGACGUCUCAAGUGCUGUGAAAAGGAAUGACCUCCUACAAUUUGGUACGGUUCUCAAGCUGGACCCCAAAACGGCCCACAAGCGCAUCGCCCUCACCGAGGACUUCACCAAAGCGUCGGUGGCCGAGGAGCCGUGCCAGUACCCCGACGGGCCGCAGCGCUUCGCCGUGUGCUCGCAGGUGCUGUGCGCCAAGGGCUUCGUGCAGGGCCGCCACUACUGGGAGGUGAAGAUGAGCAGCAACAACUUCUGCGGCCUGGGCCUGGCCUACGGCUCGGUGGACCGCAAGGGCCCCAGCAGCCGGCUGGGCCGCAACGCCCAGUCCUGGUGCGUGGAGUGGUUCAACGUCAAGCUGUCGGCGUGGCACAACAGCGCCGAGACGGUGCUGCACAACCCCAACCCCAGCCGCGUGGGCGUGCUGCUGGACUGCGACAGCGGCACCGCCACCUUCUACACGGUGGCCGACCGCGCCUACCCCUUCCACACGUUCGUCUUCCCCUUCAUGGAGGCCGUGUACCCGGCCUUCUGGAUCUUCUCCGCCGGCUCGUCCGUCUCGCUGUGCAAGCUGACCGCCUGAGCUCGGGCGACGGCCUCGCAGUGGGCACGCUCAGUUGAUUGAAUGAAUGUGCCGCUGUGUGAAGUCCCGUUGCACUGCUGUGAUGGCUGAUGAUUCAACAACAAAAAAAGAUGUAAGCACUUAAAAAAAAAAAUCAAAAAUACACUUAUUCAUGGGGUGAGGGAAAAUAUUUAUUUAAGUCUUGAAUAACAUCAGGAAACAAAUUUAUAAAAGAACCAAAUAAUAGUUAUCUAAACUGCAAAGUUUUUUUUCAUGCUGCAAUUUUGGUGGAAAAGACGAGGUGAAGUGACAUCACUUCCCAUGUGUCUACAACAGCUCAUCGUAAAUGGCCUACAUGUAAUAGUAACCUUGCUUCAGCACUGAACAUUUUUUUUGAAAGAUUGUCAAUGUAAUGUAGCCACUGUUAAUAGUAGACGUUGGUAAAUGUGAACAGCUGAAAUAAUUUAAAAUAAUUGAAUCAGAAAUAUUUGAUGUUUUUAAUCUAUUAUAUCUAAGACGUAUAGGUGUUGCCUGUUUUGGCUAAUACUUUUAUGGGGCCCUAAUAUAUAAUAAACUGGGUGAAGUGCAGUCAGUCAGUCAGCGAGCAAAGUGUCAGAGUGCAUGAACUAAACCCCAUUAUGAAGCAUGUGCAUGCUCUGACCCAAUAUUACUGUGGCCCUCUGUGUGCAGAAGCAGAAUGGGAUCGCUGACAUCCAGCGUGUUUCCAAAAGUGACGCGUUGAUCACUUUCCUGUGUAGACCCUGGAACUAAGCCCAUUCUGUGGCAUGUGCAUGCUUUGACCCAACAAUGUUAUGCUUUGGAUCCUGGUCAUGGUAUUAGAUUAAAAAUAAGUUUUGACUCGUUAUUAAAUGAGCUUCAGGAAAGCAGUCAUUAAGCAUACACAUCUGUUUUCUGUCCCAGUAUUGACAGUUGGCUGUUCUGGAUGGUCAUUUUAGAGUGUUCCCAUGACAAGUUCUGCACUUAAUGCAAGGAAGCGUUUUGCCAUCUCGCUAGGUUGGCACAUGGUGAUCUUAUUUAGUCUUUGAAGCAGAUGUGCUAAAGCCUCAGGCCUCAUAACUAUUGGUCUCUUCAGGAUAUUGCUGUGGCCAUCUGUGUGCAGAAGCAGAAUGGGAUCGCUGACAUCCAGCGUGCUUCCAAAAAUGAUGCGUUGAUCACUUUCCUGUGUAGAGUAGACCCUGGAUGCGUUUCCCAGAGGCGUUAUUCUUUGAGAGUGACUCUUUCAAAAACGUCCUGUCCUUUUGGGAAAACAAGGCUCCUGAGUAAUACAGCCCUUGUCAGUGGAGAUGUGGUGGUGUGCAUAGCUGUGCAGUAGCCAGCAGAAAAAAAAUAUUAUUGUGUCUGUCUUGGUGGUGACUUGACCCUUUUAUUCUCGUUCAGCUGUACAUGUGGGGGGGUGGGGCUAGUUUUCCCAUUAUUCCACACACAGCUUGACAGGCUGAGUAAAAUAGCUCGGAGUUGUUGGGAGUUGUUUUAUUUGAUGUUUUGUUCUGAGGGCCAGUUCCACCAGGGGCAAAGUCCGUAGGCUCAUGUGACCCUGUUCCACAGUGGCUGAUACGUUUCCUUUAGGACAGCCACUGGCAUCAAACAUGGAUGUUAUUUGGGACGGAUCGCUCUUGAGGUUAAGCCAGUCUUUGCUUCUCUGAGUUCUGUCAAUGGACCAGGUUGGCUCCUUCUCCUGUGUCCAUUGAUAGUCAGCCUGUAUACAGAUCAGAUCAGCCAUUUUAAGCAAGCCAUCAGUACACUUCCUCAAAUGUGACAUGGCUGUUUUCUGUGGUAAAACCUCAGCUGUUGCUGCACUUACCGGUUCCAAAAGCCCCACAAAAAACAUCUACGUUCACUGCCAAGAACAGUGAGCCGUUUAUUCCAGGAAUAGUGUGUUUGGCUAUGGCUGAUCUGUCAGGCCUGCUCGCAGGAGAGGAGACUGCAGCGUGUGGACAGUUUGCUGUCCUGUGGUCACAAGAUCGCCCAUCUUUGCUACUGUUUGUUAUCAGUAGACUCGAUGAGGUUCUUGUACUACAAAACAAAAAACGGAAGCUGUGGGCGACAGUGUACACAGAUUGAGAAGGGUUUGUUCUACUCUCGUGCGCUUGUUUACCGGUCUUACAUGAACAUUGUACACGUACAUGAACAUUGUGGUUUUGAAUGACUUGGUGCUGACACUUAACAGCAACACUUUGAAAAGUUUGGUGUUGCAACACAUGGUUAAGUACAGUAGCAUCAGUGGGCCUGUUCAUGUACGGAUCGAUUUGUUUUUCAUGAUCUAAAACAGCCGAGAGGGGGUUAGUGAUGCCCACAGUGCAACCAGGGCGUUGAUGCUCUUCUGUAUAGAAUGAUCAGUUUCACAGUUCAUACUUGUCUAGUGAGUCCAGAUUCGCUUGCUUGUCAUUUGGGUGCAUCUCCACACACACAAAUCUGCUAUUGUUCAAAGUACCCUGAUGUGACAAACAGUGAAAUGUAGAAUGUUCAGUAUGUGUGUGUAUAUGAAAUUAAUGUGUUUUGACCAGUUCCCAAAAUGUACUUCAUUUCUGACAUUCAAUACACCAAAUGUACCAAAUAUAUGAUCAUUUACACUGUUGAAACUAUCCUAUACCUGUGAAAUCCAUAUUUUGUGAAAUACUGUACCGUGAUUUACACCUGUCUUUGUUUGCAAUAGUUAUGGGUAUGUAAUCAUUAUAAGCUUAGACAUUGUCUAGUUUAACUAUGGUAAUGUCAUUUUAUCUUGUAACCAUUUGAUUGCUUCCUCCAAAGUAAUGGAAUAAUAAAUAGUUGUCUUGUGUAUAUGUUAGUGUUAAAUAAAAAGGUGAAAUGAAAAAAA